AUGUAUUCAUCAUUUAUUACUAAAAGACCUAUUGGAUUUAGUUUAUUGGGAACUUGCAUGAUUCUUGAUCUAUUUAUUGCAGCAUCUUAAUACUCUAAUUAUUGUGAAUUUUUUGAUAAACCAAUAUAUAAAGUAUCAUCAGAUAAUGGAAUAUCAAUUUAUUAAACUAAUUCAGAAGGAUGUGAAAUAAGUUAAAAUUUUGAAUUAACAUAUAUGGGAUUAAAUGUUAGUGAUCAAAAUGCAAAGGCAGAAGUUGAUAAUAGAAUCACAAUAUUAAAUUCAAUAAAUACUGAAUUAUUUGCUUGCAUUGCUCUCUUUGUAUUCUACUUUCAUAUUUUUACAAGUUUUUUACCUUUAUUUCUAGACUUUGUAUUAACUAUUUCAGAAUAUUGGAUGUAGAGAACAAGGAAUACACUAAUGAUAUCAUUAAUAAGAAACUUAAUUGUAAUUAAUUGGCAAUUGAUGUAACCUUUACUUCUACUAACAACUGUUGUUAACAAUAUUACAUAUAAAGAAUGCUUUGAAGUUUAAGAUUUAAGAUUUCUGAUUCCAAUUUACACAACAGAAUGGGCAAUUCUCUUCAUUGUUGUAAUAGUUCUGGAAACAUAUACACUUUUUUUCUUUUUAGUUAAAUGGAGAAAUGAAUUCCCAUGCUAUCUAUUAAUAUUUUAAAUGUUCCAUUUUGGUAUAUUUCAUACUGUCAUUAUUUAUAAUAUGGUUAAGGGAUCCAAAAAAUUAUUACAAGUUCUAUUCACUUAUAAAUAGUGGGUGACAGUUUUUGAAAUCCAAAAAUUAUAUCUAGAAUUUUAUGUAAUUUAAGAAAGAUUUCGAAAUCAUAGAAUAUAAUAGGCAAAAUUUGCUUAAUUAUAUAACUAAAGAUAUUGA